AUGCUGCUCCUGCUACUUGUAUUGCUAGCAGUUCUCCUCCCAGGUGUUGACAAUCAAGAAGCCUCCCCAGGGCCGACCCCAUUCCAUAUCAUCCAAAUCUCAACCUUUGCCAACAGCACCUGGACAAAACAUUGUGGCUCAGGCUGGUUGGGUGAUCUGCAGAUUCAUGGCUGGGAUAGUGACACAGGCACUGCUAUAUUCCUGAAGCCCUGGUCUAAGGGCAACCUCAGAGAUAUGGAAGUCACAGAGAUGGACAAUAUCUGAUUCUACUACUUUGGAUUUACCAGGGAAGUGCAGGAACACAUACUUGACCUUCAGUUCAAAUACCCCUUAGAGAUCCAGAGCAUAGGAGGCUGUGAGCUACAGUCUGGGGGAGCCAUCGUAAGUUCCUGGAAGGGGGCUGUAGGAGGCCUGGAUUUCCUGAGCAUCAAUACUACCUGUUGGCCUGCCCCAGGACCCAGCAGCAGCAGCAGGGCACAGAAGGUCUGUGAAAUCUUUGCAUUGUACAAAGGCAUCUUUGACACAGUGGAGCACCUGCUCUAUGAAACCUGUCCCCGGUUUCUCUUGAGUGUCUUGGAAGCAGGGAAGGUGGACCUCCAGAGACAAGGUCAUAUCAGGACAUUUAGGGAGGACUUAUUAUGUCACCUCACAUCUGUGAUAAAUAUGUACAACUCAGAAACUUCAGAUGUCAGACCAAUUGGAAUCUCAUAUUUCAGGAGAUGA